UUGGGGUUGUACACUCACCCAUUCGAACCUAGUCCUCCGGACUUUUCAGCACAGCAGGAGGACGAUGGCUUGUUUGAUGGUCCAGAGAGCGACCUCAACGAACUUGUGCCAGCUCUUCAUGUGACACAAUUUCAUUUGCUUACAGAGGCAGCAUACAUGAGACUGGAUCGAUGGACAGCUGACAGCCUGAGAGAUGGGCUAGUAGCAGAGAUCGAGGAGGAAAUUAUGCUCAGACUAGAUGGGUGGAGGCUGGCACAGAGCAGGAGGCUGAGUGGUGAUUUGAGAAGAGAUGCAGUGCAGGUGAUAGCACAGGAGUGGGCCGCAAAGAUUAUUUGUUGCCUGAAGAUAGAGGUGGAGGUGCAUGCGAUGGAAUCGAUAGAGGAUGCAUGGCAGGCAGGGAGGUUGCCGUGGCAAUGUAUGAAUGGAAAGACAAAAACUAGUACUUGA